GCUUCUUUUUUCUCUAGGGCAGCCGGUGUGCCGUAGAGGGACACAGAGACCUUGUUACAAAGUCAUUUACUUCCAUGAUACUUCUCGAAGACUGAACUUUGAGGAAGCCAAAGAAGCCUGCAGGAGGGAUGGGGGCCAGCUGGUCAGCAUUGAAUCUGAAGAUGAACAGAGACUGAUAGAAAAGUUCAUUGAAUACCUCUUGGCAUCUGAUGGUGAUUUCUGGAUUGGGCUCAGGAGGCGAGAGGAGAAACAAAACAACAGCACAGCCUGCCAGGACCUUUAUGCUUGGACUGAUGGCAGCCCAUCAAAGUUCAGGAACUGGUAUGCGGAUGAGCCAUCCUGCGGCAGUGAGAUCUGCGUGGUCAUGUACCAUCAGCCAUCGGCACCCGCCGGCAUCGGAGGCCCCUACAUGUACCAGUGGAACGAUGACCGAUGCAACAUGAAGAACAAUUUCAUUUGCAAAUAUUCUGAUGAGAAUCCAACAGCUCCUUCUUCUACAAGCCCUGGAGGUGAGGGAACAGAGCCAGCAAUACCCAUACUUCCAGAAGAAACACAGGAAGAAGAUGCCAAAAAAACAUUUAAAGAAAGUAGAGAAGCGGCCUUGAAUCUUGCCUACGUCCUGAUCCCCAGCAUUCCCCUUCUCCUCCUCCUUGUGGUCACCACAGUUGUAUGCUGGGUUUGGAUCUGUCGGAGAAGAAAAUGCGAGCAGUCGGACCCCAGCACAAAGCAGCAACACACCAUCUGGCCCUCUCCCCACCAAGAGAACAGUCCAGACCUCGAGGUUUACAACGUCAUAAGAAAACAAAGUGAAGCUGAUUUAGCUGAGACCCGGCCAGACCUGAAGAAUAUUUCAUUCCGGGUGUGUUCCGGAGAAGCCACUCCCGAUGACAUGUCUUGUGACUAUGACAACAUGGCCGUGAACCCAUCAGAAAGUGGGUUCGUGACUCUGGUGAGCGUGGAGAGUGGAUUUGUGACUAAUGACAUUUAUGAGUUCUCCCCAGACCAAGUGGGAAAGAGCAAGGAGUCUGGAUGGGUGGAAAAUGAAAUAUAUGGUUAUUAGAUGCAUGGAAGAAAAAAAAACUUGGAUAGAUAAGAAUGGGAAAUAAAUAAGUACAAUUCUCCUAUUUUCUAUAAGGAAAAUACUCAGAAGGCCUCUGAAUUUGCUCAGAUCAGGUCCUGUGGGUGAGCAUGUGAUCCCUAUCCCCCUACUGGGUCCCCAAGUUCUGUGUAUCCUUUACCCCAGCCUCUCACCCAGCUUGAAAUGAGAAGGCACCUUGCCCGGGUUUGGCAUAUGGAAGAGUCUCAAUAAAUGUCAUUUGAUUGGUUAUAUCUGA